CCAAUUUAUAUCCCCUACACCUCCACAGGUAUAAGUAUACAAGAAAAGUGGCGUCUAUCUGGCUUGGGUCGGGAGCUGGUGCGGCAGAUCGGUGGGAGGCUUGGAAGCGCUUUUGGCAUCCGAAAGCUGAGUUUGCAGUUAAAAAGGGGAAGAAGACGACGAAUGAGAUGAAUUCGAAGGGCUUUCGGUUAAAAUAAAUUUGGAAGAAAUGGGGACUAGGGUUCCAGUGCAGCACUACAACAUGAGAUCGCCUAAUUCCUACAUUGGAAACCCUCUUCACGACCUCAACACCGUCGAUGCUCGCCCCGCCGCCGAAAUCGACUCCAUCAGUGAUGUCGACCGCGACGCCGUCACUGAGCAUAGCCUCGACAACGACGACGGUUCCAGUGCCGUUGUUAAUGACUGUAUACAUGAAUCCUACACCAACUCUUUACCCAUCCACGGCGUCCGCGUAGGAGUUGAAGAAGACCGGUCGCGCCUUGAAAACCAUGGCGGCUCUUCCAGUUCCAGGGCUCCCUACGAUCUCUUAUCACUUCAAGAUGUGUCACCUAUUGAAUCAGCAAGGGCACGAUUUCUGCAACUUAUUGUGGAUCAUUUUAUUAGUGAACAUGUCGUUGAAGUGCCUAAUUCUGAGGCUGCUGCUGACUAUGAUAGUGCUCAGUCUGGCCAAGAUAAACUCAAUAAGAGAAAGCCCGGGGAGGUCCGGUAUGAAGGGGACCCCAGACUGGCUUUGCCCCUGAUGUAUGUCGCAAAUAUGUACCAAACUUUGGUUAAUGAAGCAAAUAUUAGGCUUGAUUCCUUGAGUGGAUUUCGUGAGAAGACAAUUGGGGUUGCCCUUGAAGCUUCUGGUGGAUUGUACAGAUGCCUGGCUAAGAAAUUUCCCAAAAAAGGACCGUGUACAUUUAAAAGAAGAGAGUUGGCCACAUCUAUCGAAACAAGGACAAGAUUUCCAGAGUUGGUCAUACAAGACGAGAAGCGAGUUCGUUUUGUAGUAGUAAAUGGUUUGGAUAUUGUUGAAAAUCCUAAUAACAUGCCUACUGAUGAUGCAGAAUGGUUCAAACGAUUGACUGGUCGGAAUGAAGUAGCAGUCUAUGCUCGAGACUUUAAGUUCUAUUCUCCAAGACACAAGUAUAGACGUGUUGCAUCAAACUCUUCACCUAAUAUUGCUGGUUUACCUACAUUUCCUGGCACUGAUAAUUCUUCCAUUUUGGCUGCUGCUCAGGGAUUCCGCUCCGUAAGUGAACCACAAAAUCAGCAGACGACUCCGUGUAAGCAUCAUAUGCAACCCUUGUUGCACCAACCUCAGUUUCAGCCUGUUCACCAGACUCAUCACCAAUCCAUCAACCAAAGUCCACAUGCUGUUCAUUAUUCUCAAAACCAUCAAUGUGGUGCUGCCUCGCAACUGCCUGAAAUUGCUCAUGCUCACCAUUCACCGACUAUAUCGCAGCACAUGGUUUGCUUACAACCCCUCACAGGAGGCCAUGUAGGGGGACGCAUGCAUGUAUUGCCAUCCAGUCCUGCCAAGUUUUGCGACGAAUGUGGGGUUCCAUACUUGAGAGAAACCUCUAAGUUCUGCUCAGAAUGUGGCGUUAAGAGGUUGGGAGUAUAAUAUGGCCUCUAUCAAUUCUUCACUGCCCACCAUGAAGUAUAUUCAGUUCACAGCCGUGUAAUGUUUGUUCUAUAUUUUGUUGUAAAUAUGUAUAUUGGUCUCAGAGUCGGAAUUUUUAAGAAAAAAGUAGAGCAUUGUAACUCAAA